UAGCAGAUACAGGACCAAUUCAAAAUCGCAUUGUCAUAUUUGGGAGAGAACGUUCAUUACGUAUCCUUAGUGAGUCAGAUAAAUGGUACGUAGAUGGCACUUUCAAGUCAACACCACCUUUAUUUCAUCAGGUUUACGUGAUAUUGGCCGAAAGGUUUGGUGGUGUGAUCGCUUUGCUCUAUGCCCUUCUACCCAAUAAACUUCAAAUAACGUAUGCGACGAUGAUAGAUCUGAUACAAAAUAUUAAUCCGCAAUUGGCAUUCAACCCUACGUAUAAGUAUAUCCUGUGACUACGAGCUGUCAGCAAUAAAUGCAUUUAAAAAUGCGUUUCCAGGCGUUACAAUGCAUGGCUGUUUUUUUCAUUUGACGAAAAACUUGAAAAAACAUCUAUCGAUUUUGGGACUGUUACAUCGCUACAACACCGAUGCCGAAUUUGCGGUGAUGGCUAGAAUGGUUAGUUCAUUGGCGUUUGUUCCCAUAAACGAUUUGGACGAAGCUGUUGACGCGUUGGGUGAAGCUUUGCCAGUAGAACUUCAACCUCUUCUGCAAUGGUUAGAAGACAAUUACAUCGGGCGUCCGAACCGAAAAGGAAAUGGUAGAAGGCUAGCAAUGUUCCCUCCAAAUAUGUGGUCUGUGUUCGACAGAGUGCAGAACAAUCAAGACCGCACAAACAAUCAUGCCGAGGCCGCUCAUCGGAUACUGCAAAUUGAGCUGGGGAUGGAUCAUCCCACUAUAUGGAAAUUUGUUAACACCCUAAAAAGAAUUCAAAAGGGAAGGGACGGCGAGUACGAACAACUGUUGGCAGGGAGACAGCCACCAAAGAAACUCAAGAAGUACAGGGAUGCCGAUACUCGAAUAACGCGAUUAGUUUUAGAUUUUGAAAACAGAAAUAUUAUAGAGUAUUUAAGAGAAACAGAAAGAACGGAAAAUUUGGUCUUUCCACCUCUUGUGUUGCAUAAUGCAAAACCUUCGGCACUUUACACAUCCGAACGGUAUAUCCAAUAG